UCUUAACCGCUGGAUUAACAUCAUGGAGGAUCAUCAUCAAUAUCAUCAUCAACAAUCAGUAAUGGCACCAGACAAACGUCAAACCGUCAAGUUCCUAACAGCAACAACAAUUGGAGUAGCAUUACUUGUUUUAUCCGGGUUAACCUUAACCGGAACAGUUAUCUCCCUAGUUGUUGUAACACCACUGUUGGUGUUGUUCAGUCCUGUUCUUGUCCCUGCUGGGAUAGUUUUAUUCCUAACCACAGCUGGGUUCUUAUUCUCUGGUGGAAUGGGUGUAGCUGCAUUAUCUGCAUUGACAUGGAUCUAUAACUAUGUCUCAGGUAAACAUCCAGUUGGUUCAGAUAAAGUUGAUCAUGCCCGCAUGAGGUUGGCUAACAAGGCAAGAGAUGUCAAGGAUAGAGCUAAGGAUUAUGGUCAUUAUGUUCAGAACAAAGCUCAUGAGGUUGCCCAACAGGCUACUUCUUAAACUUCAUGAACCACAUUGUGUAUGGCUUGAGCUUGAUCAUCAGUUGGUCAGGUGGGGGUGCAGGUGGACUACUUUAGCCACUCUUUAUGUUUCCUUUGAAGCUUUUAGCAGUCUUUUGAUUUAUGAAUCAGCUACUAGGUUUUAGAUUUGGGAUGGUGUAAUAAUUUUCUCUGGCAAGGUGUUGUUUGUGUUUAUUAGGGUUGUCGUUUGGGGAGAAAUGUGAUGUUUUAUGUACCCUUUUUGUG